AUGGCCGCCUUAGCUGUAGAUUACAUCAUGUUCUUGAUAUUCUAUCCAAUCAUUGUUCCUUGUCUUUCAGACACUACAUAUGCUCAAGAAUCCGGAGUAUCUCCUGUGUUACCAGAGCUUACUGACCUACCCUUAAGGAACAUUAACAACUUUACAUUCAAUGGGGUCUUUAAAAACAUAGAAAGUGUCACAUCAUUUCUUGAUUGCCUGGGUUCCCAUUUUACUUGGUUACAAGUUAUAUUUACCAAUUUCCCAGCAUUACUUAAUUUCGUGAGCAAAUUAAAAUGUGUAACUGGACUGUGUCCCAAAGACCUGGAAGAAUAUGGAUGUGCCUGUAGAUAUGAGCUGGAAGGUCUACCCAUAGAUGCAGCCGACAGUUGUUGUUUCCAGCAUCGGAAGUGUUAUGAAGAAGCGCUGGAGAUAGAGUGUAUGUGGGACCCAUCUAACAUCAUUGCAGAUGCUAGCUGUCUCACCAAGAACCUAACCUGUGAAUCUGGCAACCAUUGUGAGAAACUCCUCUGUGACUGCGACAAAGCCGCUAUUGAAUGUUUUGUGAACACGCACAUUAACUCUUCGCUGAAAGGAAUGGAUAUCGCAUUUUGCCCGACUCUUGUUACAGUCCCCCCUGAGACUACACUCAAGAAUAGGGACAUGAUCGUGGACUCCAAAUAUCCAUCAAGUAGAGAUUCAGCGAUCUCCACCUCUGAAGGUCCCAGUGAUGUGCUCGACAACUUAAUGCUGGGAGCUCAGAGCACUUCUCAGCCAUCGAAUGUCACCCCCACAAAGUCGGGAUUCAAGCUCUUUGAAGAAAGUACAUUAAGAUCAGUGGUGUCACCUAUCUCUGCAUUAACAGAAAGUGAAUCAGUGGAACAAGUCUGUGACAGAUUUCACUUUCAACGUGUAAAGGAAGAUGGGAAUGUGAAGAGCAACUUACCUCUGCUGGGGGAGAUGCUGUACUGCCUGACAGGACGCUGCCCGGAGGAGUUUGAGUCAUACGGCUGCUACUGUGGACAAGAAGGCACUGGGAACCCCAAAGACGUACUGGACAGCUGCUGUUUCUCCCACCAAUGCUGUAUAGAGCAUCUGAAGAAGCUAGGCUGUGCACCGGACAGGAACAUCAGGUCAGAAGUCGUAUGCGUGGACCACAAGCCAACAUGUGUGGGAUGGAGCAUUUGUGACAAGCUUGUGUGCGCCUGUGACAAAGCAGCUGCUGAAUGCAUGGCGGCAGCACCAUUCAACGGCACCAUGAGAUCACUGAACAGGAGGCAGUGCCAGGGGGCUCCACUGCUGUGCAGGAACCCAGGUAGCGGGGAUAAUCCGGAACGGGCCAUGGGGCCACAGUCAGACAGCUCAAGCUCAGAAGAGAGCAGUGAAGAACACAGCCCUAUGAGGGAUAUAAUGAGACCCGGGGACUCUGGGUCACUGGUGCCAAGAGGAGGAAGACGGACACGCUCUCUACUUUUUGGGAAUUAG